UUAUAUUUCCUCUAUAAUGGAAUUUGACAUACACAUUUUUGUGUACAAAAUGUGGAAAAGGGUAGGAAGUUUUGUAUAGAGAACGAGUCCCUAAAUUCAAAAUGCAUUUGCGUAGGCGGAUUAUUGCCAUUCCAAGUUUGAACCCUCAGCUCCAAGUUCUCCGUCACCGGUUUGUGGAAUGCGACGGGGAGCAACUGGAGUCAGGACACUGCUCGGGAACCAUGGCUGACGUGGGCAAGAAAAUUCGAGAGCACGUCGGGGCGGAAGGGGGCUACCACGCAAUCCCCAAGAGCCGGGAAGGGCUGCUCAAGUUUCAGCCAAAGCGCAGCGAGUUACCGAAGCGCUCCAUGAUGGACUCGCACACAACCGCCAACAUACUCCUGGAAAACGAUGCGCUGAUGAGGGAGCGCUUUGUAUACGGGGUUGGCUUGUUGCGCAUGGGCAGGAUAAUGGAGGAACUCGAUCUUCUAUCCGUGUGGAUUUGCCACCGCCAUAUUUUUCCACCGAAGCUUCCGGAAGGCGUUCCACUACCGUACACUUUCGUCACCCUGCUGGUGGACCAUGCUCACUUCCUAGUGGAGAAGUUCAGCGCAGACGUGGACGUGAGUCUCUCGGGUCACGUGUCGUGGACAGGCAACAGCUCCAUGGAGAUCACGGCGUACGUUCGCCAAAACGGGCUGCUGCUGGCGAAGGCCAUUUUUAUGAUAGCAGCUCGUGAUGCCACCAAUAGCGGCCCGGCCCCAGUAAAUCCCCUGAUGCCCGCGAACGAGCUAGAGGACUGCUUCUACCGAGAGGCCCUUGAGCGGCACAAACGGCGGGCGGAAAAGUUGUCUCGAUUGGACUCCAAACGGCAGCCCACGAAGGAGGAGGAGCAGAUUAUGUACGAGAUGUUCACUCGGACCAAGGGCAUCGAAGGACUUUCGCAGACUGCCACUCUGCCCCCGGAUUGCCGCUGGAUGUCCGAGUGGCACCGCAGCACCCUAUUGCAUCCGUUCCCGCAGAACCGCAACGAAGCGAACACCAUCUUCGGAGGCUUCAUCAUCCGCAGUGCCAUCGAGACGAGCUACAUCACGGCCUGCCUCUACGGCGGAGACUAUUCAGUGAUCCGUUUCAUAUCUGAUAUAACUUUCACCCACCAGAUCCCCGUGCACAGCUAUAUGAAACUACGGGCUUACGUAGUUUAUACCCAAGAUAAUUACGUUCAGCUGAUGACCGUGGUGAACGCGAUUGAUGGCAACAACUUUUCGGAGUUUCACAGCAAUACUCUGCACCUGACCUAUUCCUGCAAUCACAAGGUUCCGGAGAUCCUGCCCACAAGCUACCAUGAGGCGUUGUGGUAUUUGUCAGGACGUCGUCAUUUUCAACGAUUCCUCGCAUCAAUUAACAGGGACAUGGAGGGGGGAUCGAGCCCGCCGGAAAAGAUCAAGGAUGAUGACUUGAGAAAGGGCAUUUAAUAAAAGUAUUAUAAGAUGCGAUC